AAUCAGGUUUCUCUCUCUAAAAGCUGUCAUUCUCUCCCUAGAAAAUCACCAUUUGCUUAAUCAUUCAUUCACGAUCAAGUUUCCAUCUUUUCUCUGUAGAGCUACAAGCGCGUAAAAGUGACCACCGCCACCAACCAACCCUUCCAAGAAACCAUAGGAUUCCAAAUAUACAUAUGUGUGAACAAUAACGUAAGAGAGGUCAAGGAGAACAAGCCCUUUUCUUUGAUUUCUUUUUCUUCAACAGCAACACCAAGGAUUUCUCAAGAUUCAUUCCUGAAACCCAAACCCUAGAUUUCUCCUUUCCUCUAAAUUUCACUCACAUUCUGAGGAAUCGCAAGAAAAGAAAAUCUGGGUUUGUCUCAGGGUCCAUUAUUUUCUCUGGAAAAUGCAAAUGUCCCAUCUUGACAACAUCCCUUCUACCCCAGGAAAAUUCAAGAUGGAGAAGAGACUCAGGUGGCAUUCCUCUCUCGCCAAGCUAACGUUUUGGUCCUUCGUCUUCUUGGGCUUGAUUUUCAUCUUUUUCUUCCUAUCCCCGUCAUCAUCAUCUCUGCCGUCCGACCCCUCCCGCCGGUCCCUCCGGAACUACAGUUGGGGCGGUCCUGCCUGGGAAAAGCGGGUCCGAUCAUCGGCCAAAGUGCGUGCUCGCAAUGGGAUCUCUGUGCUCGUCACCGGCGCUGCCGGAUUCGUUGGAACCCACGUCUCCGCCGCACUCAAGCGCCGCGGCGAUGGCGUUGUCGGGCUUGAUAACUUCAAUGACUACUAUGAUCCCUCCUUGAAACGUGCCCGGCAAGCUCUUCUUGAGCGUACCGGUGUGUUCAUUGUGGAGGGUGAUAUAAACGAUUCAGAGCUUCUCCGGAAGCUAUUUGAGGUAGUUGCAUUUACCCAUGUAAUGCAUUUGGCCGCUCAGGCUGGUGUUCGGUAUGCUAUGGAAAAUCCAAGUUCGUAUGUUCAUAGUAAUAUUGCUGGUCUUGUUAAUCUUCUUGAAGUCUGUAAAUCGGCGAAUCCACAGCCUGCAAUUGUGUGGGCUUCUUCGAGUUCAGUGUAUGGACUCAAUACAAAGGUACCCUUUUCCGAGAGAGAUCGGACGGAUCAGCCUGCCAGUCUCUAUGCCGCCACCAAGAAGGCUGGCGAAGAGAUUGCCCAUACUUAUAAUCAUAUAUAUGGCCUUUCGCUUACUGGGUUGCGGUUCUUUACCGUUUAUGGACCAUGGGGAAGACCUGAUAUGGCGUAUUUCUUUUUCACGAAGGAUAUUUUGAAGGGGAAAUCGAUUCGCAUAUUUGAGGCUCCAAAUCAUGGGACGGUUGCCCGGGAUUUUACCUACAUUGAUGAUAUCGUGAAGGGAUGUGUGGCAGCAUUAGAUACUGCGGAGAAGAGCACUGGUAGUGGUGGGAAGAAGAAGGGGCCAGCCCAAUUGAGGGUUUUCAAUUUGGGCAACACAUCACCGGUUCCAGUCACGGAUCUUGUGAGCAUUUUGGAGAGACUCUUGAAGGUGAAGGCAAAAAGAACGAUGAUGAAGAUGCCAAGGAAUGGGGAUGUGCAGUUUACCCAUGCCAACAUCAGCUUGGCUCAAAGGGAGCUCGGAUACAAGCCCACAACAGAUCUGCAAACAGGUUUGAAGAAAUUUGUUAGGUGGUACAUCAAAUACUAUUCAGCAGGGGAGAAGAGUGCUCAGUAAAAACAUUCUUUGAACCGUGUGGUAGGAUCCUUUGCAUUCUUGUUCAUUAUGAUUCUUAUGAUUGUUUUCAAGUCUCUCUGUUCUUUGCCCAAUUAUCAAUUAUUUUCUUUUCAUAUAUCUACAUGUUGUCGUAUAAGGAGGGAGGAUAUUUUGUUGUUGGUGGAUAUUGUUUUCUGGGUACUUCGAGUCCUGAGCUGUAUCGAAAGAAAACUUGAACCAUCCUUUUCCUUUCCUUUUUGGGGUUUGGAAAGAGGGGUUGGAGUUGGAAGGUGGAAAGUGGGUGAUGUAAUUGUUGUAGUUUCAGCAUUUUAGAAUUAAUGGCCAAUAGAUCAUAAUAUGCUGAUUGGUGGACAUGUAUCAUCUCUGUGCAAUUUGAAUAAAAUUAGCACAUGAUAACUUGAUUUCUAUUUU